CUGAGAGAUCUGCUGCAACUUCACUGAUAGCGCCAUCAGCAGAAACAGCUAAUAACCCCUCCUGUCCGAGACUGAGACAAAAACCUCACAAGAACUUUACGCAAAACGUUCCUUCAUGAGCGUUUAGCUGUUGAGGGUCAUUUAUUCAAUAAAGGGCAACAAAAUGGAGCAGACGUUUGAGAAAGAGAACCCGCCAGUGGAGGUGAAAGCUCCAGACGAUGAUAAAGGCGGGAUUGGCCGACGGCUGCGGGACCGAGACCUACUGAGAAAGAGGAAGGCUGAGGCAGAGGAGAAGGCAACUAACCAGUGGGUUUAUGGGGCUCAGAGCCGGAAGAGAGCGAGGAAGGAGCCCAGCAGCACUCUGGGGAAGAAAGGCCGGCCGAGGAAAAAUGUCAUUGCUGCAGAACCUCAACCCGACCAGACUGAGCUCCAAACCGCAGAACAGCCGGAGAUGCUCAUUGCACCGGAGGAGACACCUUCAGCCCCAGUUCCUCUACCUGCACCAAUUCCUGUCACAGUUCCGGUUCCUCUGACAAUAUCCGUGCCUGAAACUCCCCCAGAAGUGAUCACUCAGCCUGUCGAACCGCUGACCAUCCUGGCUCCAGAGGACGAGCCCAGUGAUAAAACUGCUGGUGUUCUGAUUGAAGAUUUGGGGCCUGAUGAGGAAGAAGACAAACUAGCAUCUCAGGAGAGGCUCAUUAUUGAUCAAGGGACUACUGAGGAGCCUCCAGCUGAUCUUACUGAACAGACCAAAGUAUUUUCUGAGCCCAUCAUAGCCACAACGAUCGCCCCACCCGCCGCCCCGGCCCCAUGAGGGUAUCUGCCUGGAGCCCUGCAGUAUCACUAUUAACAGUCUGGCUUAGUGUUUCACUGGUUAACCUUCAUAAUUUCAAGUUUGUAUAUGAAAACCUCGCUCAGGCGAGAGUUUCUGAUCUCAAUCAAGAACAAAUGUAUAUUUAUUCAUGUGCUCCGUUUUGUCAAUUGCAAUGUGACAAAUUGUGUUUUAUUGAGCCUGAAGAUUUUUUUUUCAACAGAAUGAACAAUUUUAAAUAAAAGUUCAACUUUCUA